UAUCGAAAACAGAAACACAAUAAACACAUAACACAUGUUUGCGAUUUCAUCGCUGAUAAGAAUGAGAAAAUUUCAAAUUUGAAAUGCGUUCAUCAUUUUAUUUUUUAUUAAAAUUAUACUACGAAUUAAAAUGAGAAAUAUGAAGUAGUAGUAAUCGUAAUAAUUACUAAUUACUGUUAAGUCGUUUCCGAAGUGCGAAGUGAUCAUCCGAAAGGAACUUUUGUGGCUGUAAAAUAUCCGAAGAAUUUCUGUGUUGACGACGAUUUUACACUCGAACUCGGUACAAGAAGAUUUUGUGGUUUUUUAUUCUCAUAAUACAAAUAUGUCACCGAAGGAGUUGUCCGAUAAUGAUGAUCUGGCCACUAGUUUGAUUCUCGAUCCUUUUUUAGGAUUCACCACACAUAAGAUGAACAUCAGAUAUCGUCCACUGAAAGCGAACCAAGAAAAAUUGAAAAAUAUAAUCUUGGAAUUCAUCGAACAUCAAGACUACGAUAGAACGUACGCUCAGUUAGCUGAGGGAGAAUGGAUGCCGAAAACGAUGAGGGUUUUAAAAAGUAAACUACACCAGCAACGAUUAAAGGAACAUAUUUACAGAUAUUUGAGAGUUUUCGAUAAAAAUGCAGGGUUUGUGAUUGAUGCUUGUUAUCGGUACAGUAUGGAAGGUAAAAAAGGUGCUAAAGUCUUGGCUACUAAGAAUUGGAGCAAAAAUGACAAAAUAUCUUAUUUGGUUGGUUGUAUCGCCGAGUUGACUGAACAAGAAGAAAAACAAUUACUGCAUCCGGGUAAAAACGAUUUCUCUGUGAUGUACAGUUGUCGUAAAAAUUGCGCUCAAUUAUGGUUGGGACCUGCUGCAUUUCUUAAUCAUGACUGCGGAGCGAACUGCAAAUUAGUUCCAACUGGCCGAGACACUGCUUGCGUUAAAGUAUUACGUGAUAUUGAAGCUGGCGAAGAAAUCACCUGUUUCUAUGGUCAGGAUUUUUUCGGAGAUAAUAAUUGUUAUUGCGAAUGUGAAACUUGUGAAAGAACUGGAUCCGGUGCAUUUGCUACGAAACAAAACACCCAAUCCGAAAGUGUUCGUUAUCCCCUUCGCAACGCUUACAAAAAAUCGAACAAAGUGAAGGAGAAUAUUCCGCUUUUGCCUAUACAGGCUGUGACUAAAGAAACCCCAGAACUGAAACAAGACGAAUACCUUACUGCUAAUCGUAAAAAAAGUCUUACAAAAUACGAUCAAGACCUUAUCGAAAAAUGUACUUUCACCGAACUUAGACGACUUAAAUCCUCGCAACGUUGAUGAAACCCGCUCGAGAACUCUUCUCCAUGCCGAUACUUGUGUUCAAAAGGCAACUAAGACUACUCCAAAAAGUGCCAAAAAAUCAAAUGCUUAAUGACUAUUCACUGCCAUACGAAGAAUCUAUCGCCGAACGUAAAAGACGUUUAUGAAUUCGAUGAAAACGAGGAUGAAACUAUUCAACCUUUGACUAGAAAAAGUGCAUUUUUCAAAAACGAUUCUGUCGUCAACGAUUCGUCGAAAAGUGAACAGAACGGCGUGAUUAUUCCGGUACAUUGAAGUCAACUCCGAAGAUGAAGAAAAGCUCGGUUCUAGACAAUGUUUCAGAUUUUAGAAAUAGCUAACAAUAUGAACAAUACGAAGUUUUGCGUUUACAAGUCGAUGGCCCGGUUGAAUGAAAGUUCUACAAAAAGUACGUUUCACUUUCAAAGAGUUUA